AUGGAAGUUUUCAACCUCACCUCCUCUGACCCUUCAACAUUCAUCCUAAUGGGCAUCCCUGGCCUGGAACCUGCCCAUGUCUGGAUUUCCAUCCCUUUCACUAUGUUCUACAUUAUCAGCCUGUUGGGAAAUUUCAUGCUUCUCUUUGUUGUAGGCAAAGAGCAGACCCUGCACAAGCCAAUGUACCUGUUGCUCUGCAUGCUGGCACUUGUAGAAAUCGGAACGUCUACCUCCAUUGUGCCAAAGGCACUGUGUAUAUUUUGGUUCAAUUUUAAAGGCAUUACAGUGAGUGGCUGCCUCACCCAGAUGUUCUUCCUUCAUGCGGGAACUAUGAUGCACUCAGCCAUCCUCGUGACAAUGGCCUUUGAUCGCUACGUUGCCAUAUGUAACCCUCUCAGAUACGCCACCAUCCUCACCAAUGCACGAAUAGCUAAUCUAGGGCUAGUGGGUUUGAUAAGAUCUGUUCUCUUCAUUCUGCCCAUGCCCCUGCUCCUGAGCAGGCAGCCAUUCUGUGCCACCCGCAUUAUCCCUCACACUUACUGUAACCAUAUGGCUGUGGCAAAGAUGUCGUGUGGAGACAUCACAGUCAACAGGAUAUACGGCUUGGUGGCAGCAUUUGUAGUUAUGGGGUUAGACCUGAUGCUCAUUGCCCUGUCUUACAGUCUGAUCCUCAGAUCUGUCCUCAGAAUCUCCUCCAAGAAAGCCUACCAGAAAGCCCUCAACACCUGCACAGCCCACCUCAUUGUGAUGCUGAUUUCUUAUCCUACAGGCCUCUUGUCCACUCUGACAUACUGGCUUGGUGAAGGCAUCGCCCCCCACGUCCACAUCAUGUUGGCCAACCUCUAUCUCCUCAUCCCCCCCAUGCUCAACCCUAUCGUUUAUGGGGUCAAAAACAAAGAGCUUCGUGACAAAGUGGGCAAAUACACCUUCAAAAUGUGCUCACAUUGA